AUGUCCGACCAAAAGCAACCCCGCUUCUCCCCCCAAGACAUAACAGUCGUCUUCCUCCUCGGCGGCCCCGGCUCCGGCAAAGGCACCCAAUCCACCAACCUUGUCCGCGACUACGCCUUCACCCACCUGUCCGCGGGCGACCUGCUCCGCGCCGAACAAGUCCGCGAGGGCUCGCAGUACGGCGACCUCAUCCGCUCAUACAUCAAAGAUGGCAAGAUCGUGCCCAUGGAGAUCACCGUCGCGCUGCUCUCCAACGCCAUGGCCGAAGCACUGGCCAACAAGCCCAAGACUGGAAAGGAUGGGAAAGCUAGGUUCUUGAUUGAUGGGUUCCCGCGGAAACUCGAUCAGGCGGCGUUUUUUGAGCAGACGGUUUGUCCGAGUGAGAUGACACUAUUCCUGAACUGUCCUGAGGGGGUUAUGGAGAAGAGGUUGAUGAAGCGCGGGGAGACGAGUGGGAGGGAUGAUGAUAAUGCCGAGUCGAUUCGGAAGAGGUUCCGGGUUUUUGUGGAGACGAGUAUGCCUGUUGUUACAGCGUUUGGGGAGCAGGAUAAGGUUGUUUCUGUGGAGGCGACGGGGGGUGUGGAUGAGGUUUAUCAGAGGGUUAAGGAGGGGGUUGCUAACAAGGGGUUGUUCCCUGUUGACUAG